AUGUCUCUUCCUCCAACUAAUCAGGAGAAAUAUUGGCCAUCUAUCGCAGAAAAGAUUGAUGCUGACCAAGAACAGAUAAACCAACAAUUCGACUUGGACCCAGCGGAUAUCGCUAUCCAUGCGCCAUCGUUGCGUGGUCGUAAGCUAACGGCUGCAGUGGCGUUUGUAGCAGGAACUGGAUUCACCCUCCUUGGGUAUGACCAAGGUGUCAUGUCGUCACUAAUUACGGGCAAUCAGUUUGAGGCUACCUUCCCUGAAGUCGUAGUGGAGGCUAGCCACCCUAAUCAUGCAACUCUUCAGAGUUUCACAAUUGCCAUUUAUGAAGUAGGCUGCCUCUUCGGUGCUCUUUCCAAUCUUUGGGUUGGAGAUAAGCUCGGUCGCCGUAGAACAAUCGCUUUAGGAGGCAGUAUAAUGAUGAUCGGGGCAAUUCUGCAAACGACUGCAUUUUCUUUUGCACACUUGAUCUUUGCUCGUAUCUUUACGGGCUGCGGAACUGGUCUGAUAACAUCGACAGUGCCAACAUAUCAUGCGGAGCUCUCCCCCUCCGCAAAGAGGGGUCGAAUGAUUAUGAUGGAGGGGACUCUGAUUGUGGCUGGAGUGGCCAUCGCCUAUGUACGCGAGCCGUUAUUUCCAUUCUGGAUCGAUUUAGCACUAUUCUUCGUGAAUUGGUCGUCUGCUCAGUGGAGAGUUCCGAUAUCACUGCAGUUAGUGUUUGAAAUUAUUGUGGUGGCAUGCAUCGGAUUUCUUCCUGAGUCACCGAGAUGGUUGGUAAAGCAUGGUCGAAAUGCAGAAGCGAUGGCCGUUAUAUCCGCAAUGGAGGACAAACCUCCAUCUGAUCCAGAAGUUCAGCGCACCUACUACGGCAUUCGCGAGGCUGUUGCUGUUGAAACAUCUACUACUGGUCAAGGUUCACUACGUGAACUCAUUACCGGUGGUCGCAGCCAGAACUUCAGACGAACAGUCAUUGCUGUGGUAUGUCAGAUGAUGCAGCAGCUGACCGGCAUCAACCUCGUUACCUAUUACGCUACCAUCUUAUUCCAGCGUCUUGGUCUCUCCGAUGUCAACGCGCGGAUUACUGCUGCUGCCAAUGGCACAGAAUAUUUUCUUGCCUCUUUUAUUGCUUAUUAUGCGAUAGACUAUGUAGGCAGGCGUCAACUCAUGCUGAUUGGAGCCAUCGGUCAAUCCAUUGUGAUGCUGCUCUUGGCUAUCUUAGGAUAUAUCAACAAUGGACCAGCGCAGAUCAUGAGCGUAGUCCUGUUAUUCGGCUUUAACACAUUUUUUGCUAUUGGGUGGCUCGGAAUGGCCUGGUUGUACUGUGCUGAACUUGCCGGGCUCAGAACCCGUGCACAAGCAAAUGCACUAAGCACAGCGUCAAACUGGACUUUCAACUUCGUCGUCGUGAUGGUCGUUGGCCCGUCCUUUAACAACAUCUCCUGGAGAACCUACAUCGUUUUCGCAGCCUUGAAUGCAGCUAUUGUUCCAGUUGUUUACUUUUUCUUCCCCGAAACCGGCGGUCGGUCUUUAGAAGACCUCGACGUUGUGUUUGCGCUGGCGCACACUACUGGGGAAGAUCCUGUUAAGGUUUCGCUUCGGAAAGACAUCCCGCUCGCUGGGUCCCGAGAAGCAGACGAGAUUCUUGGUGUUAGCACAGGCGUUCAAUAUUAUCAAGCGACGAAACCUUCGGCAUCAUUCUCGUUAUCGAGUGAGACAAGGACACCGGUCUAG